AUGUCAACACAGUAUUCGGGGUAUGGGAGUUCGCUGCCCGAUGAGUUCGAUAUCAUCGUGGCAGGAGGUGGAAGUUGUGGAUGUGUAGUUGCGGGCCGAUUGGCAAACCUGGACCACAAUCUCAAAGUUUUGCUGAUUGAGGCUGGCGAGAGCAAUCUAAACAAUCCUUGGGUCUUCCGACCCGGUAUCUACCCACGGAAUAUGAAAUUGGACUCCAAGACUGCCUCAUUUUACGAGUCCCGUCCGUCCAAAUGGCUGGCUGGCCGAAAGGCGGUUGUACCUUGCGCCCACGUCCUCGGUGGCGGUUCGUCAAUCAACUUUAUGAUGUACACACGUGCUUCAGCAUCAGACUAUGAUGAUUUCCAAGCCAAAGGCUGGACAACCCAAGAGUUACUGCCGCUCAUGAGGAAGCAUGAGACGUAUCAAAGAGCCAGCCAGAAUCGCGACAUACACGGAUUCGAAGGCCCCAUCAAAGUGUCCUUUGGCAACUAUACAUAUCCGAUUAAAGACGACUUCCUUCGAGCCGCAGAGUCACAGGGAAUCCCUGUAGUUGACGAUCUCCAGGAUUUGGUUACAGGCCAUGGGGCUGAGCACUGGUUGAAGUGGAUAAAUCGAGACACAGGACGGCGAAGCGACAGUGCACAUGCUUACAUCCAUGCUACUCGAGCGGCGCACUCCAACCUCUAUCUAGCUUGCAAUACAAAGGUCGACAAGGUCAUAAUUGAGAAUGGGCGGGCCGUCGGCGUGCAAACAGUUCCCACCAAACCUCUAGGCUCGGGCCAGCCUCCAACCCGCGUUUUCCGAGCCCGCAAGCAGAUCGUCGUAUCGGGCGGGACACUCUCAUCUCCACUCAUUCUUCAGAGAUCAGGCAUCGGUGACCCAGCAAAACUGAAAAAGGCCGGUGUCAACUGUUUGGUCAAUCUUCCCGGAGUUGGACUCAACUUCCAAGACCAUUACUUGACCUUUUCAGUGUUCAGAGCCAAGCCAGAUGUCGAGACGUUUGACGACUUUGUUCGUGGCGAACCCGAAGUGCAGAAGCGCGUCUUCGAUGAAUGGCAUCUCAAGGGAACUGGCCCUCUUGCAACCAAUGGCAUUGAUGCAGGGGUUAAGAUUCGCCCUACAGAGCAAGAAUUAAAAGAGUUUGAGAGCUGGCCAACUCCUCACUUCAAAGACGGCUGGAAGAGUUAUUUUAAAGACAAGCCAGAUAAGCCAGUGAUGCACUACAGUGUCAUAUCCGGCUGGUUUGGUGACCACAUGCUGAUGCCUCCCGGGAAGUUCUUCACCAUGUUCCACUUCUUGGAAUAUCCGUUUUCGAGAGGUAGCACCCAUAUCAAGAGCGCUGACCCAUACGACAGCCCAGACUUCGAUUGUGGCUUUAUGAACGACGAGCGCGACAUGGUACCAAUGGUGUGGGGUUACAUUAAAUCCAGGGAAACGGCACGGAGAAUGGAUGCAUUUGCGGGUGAAGUGGAGACCAUGCACCCCUUCUUUGAGUAUGACUCUCCAGCAAGAGCUCAUGAUAUGGAUCUGGCCACGACCAAGGCCUACGCCCUUCCGGGUAACCUAUCUGCUGGAAUUACCCAUGGCAGCUGGUCUUCCUAUCUCCCUGAAGCUGACACCAAAGCUGCCGUCAAUAUCCUGUCUUCCAACAAAGUCAAUACGCGCCAAGAGCUCAAGUAUAACUCCAAUGAUAUCAAAGCGAUUGAGGAAUGGGUCAAGCGUCACGUGGAGAGUACUUGGCACAGCUUGGGAACAUGCUCUAUGGCUCCCAAAGAAGGUAAUAGCAUCGUAAAACACGGCGUCUUGGACGAGCGUCUGAAUGUCCACGGCGUGAAAGGACUCAAGGUUGCCGAUCUGAGUAUCUGCCCCGACAAUGUGGGCUGCAACACAUACUCGACGGCUCUCCUGAUUGGAGAAAAAGCCGCGAUGCUGGUAGCUGAAGAUCUCGGCUAUUCUGGAGAGGCAUUGGAGAUGAAGGUUCCAACAUACCAUGCUCCUGGUGAACUGGCACUGCAGUAUCGUCUCUAA